AUGGGUUGCCAGAAUCAUGAUCCUUUAGUGCAAACAAUUUGUGAUCUCUAUGACAAAAUUUCCAAACUCGAUAAUCUCCAACCUUCCAAAGAUGCUAACACUCUCUUUACCAAACUUGUUCUCACUUGCAUCCCACCAAGUUCCAUUGAUGUAACCAAGCUCUGUUCAGGAGUUCAAGAAAUGAGAUCGAAGCUUAUUAGGCUCUCUGGCGAAGCUGAAGGUCUUCUCGAGUCCCAUUUUUCUUCCAUAUUAGGCGCAUUUGACAACCCUUUGGACCAUAUCAACCUCUUCCCAUACUACUCCAAUUACGUCAAGCUCAGCCUUCUUGAGUUCACCAUUUUGAGCCAACACUGCUGUCCCCAAAAGGGUGUCCUGAAACGCUUGGCCUUUCUCGGGUCUGGUCCCCUCCCUCUAACCUCGAUUGUCUUGGCCUCGUACCAUCUCACAGACACUUGUUUUCACAACUAUGACAUCGAUCCCUUGGCCAAUUUAAAGGCGAGUCGCUUAGUCUCAUCUAAUCCUGACCUGUCAAAAAGGAUGGUUUUCCACACAACUGACGUGAUGGAUGUCACAAGUGCUUUGCAAGACUAUGAGGUUGUGUUUUUGGCUGCGCUGGUGGGGAUGGACAAGAAUGAGAAGGUUGGCGUUAUUGAUCAUCUGGCCAAGUACAUGGCUCCAGGAGCGAUUCUGAUGUUACGAAGCGCGCAUGGCGCACGGGGUUUUCUGUAUCCAGUGAUUGAUCCUGGUGAUCUUAGAGCUAGAGGAUUUGAGGUUCUGUCAGUUUUCCAUCCUAAUGAUGAUGUUAUUAACUCUGUUGUCGUUGCACGUAAAAUUUUCGUUGAUCAGGGGAAUAUCGGAGAUGUGAUGCAUGCUAGUAGGUGCUGCGAGGCGCAUGGUUUUUAUCCAAUCAAACAGAUUAAUCUGCUGGAAAACUAAUCGUGAAGAAUCAACCAAGCAUUCAGUCAUUGAACAAGGCUCCUCACAAUUUACUGUUUCUGGGAUUUAAUCAGACCUUGCUGAAGAAUAAACUUAAA